UGCAUCGAAAGCAUUUGUAUGCCACAGUUUGUGGAACAGAGAGGGAGGAGGCAGGAUGCUGUUGGCAUUCACCUGUGCUGUUGUGUGUUGUGGCUCACCCUGUCUAAUUGGUGGAACUGUGUGUGUGUGUGUGUGUGUGUGUGUGUGUGUGUGUGUGUGUGUGUGUGUGUGUACUUAGUUGCAACACGGGCCCAUCCCAACACGUCUGGCCCUGCAGCUGCAGCAGAGCUAAUUUUAGCCCAGGAUGUGCGUACGCCUCAGUUCCCCUAGCCUGGCCUAUGAGAGCUGAGGAGAGGAUGGGGGAGAAAGAAUAGCCAAUCUUUCACUCUCUCUUUUCUCUCCUCUCCUCUGUGCACCCAUCUUUCUUUCCUUUUUUUUCUUCUUUCUGUAUUAUUGCCUGUAGUAUGUAUUUUUACCCAAAUAAGUUUUUUGUGUGUCCUCGGGGCAGCACUAUUGAUUUACACAGGAACAUAUUGACCGUAGUCACUGUUGCCUGGCUGUUUGUGACCUUUACUCACCAAAAGUCCUUGUCUCUGCCAAUUGGCGUCUCACUGAGGUGUGUACCCGUUUGCCUCCCUAUCUUCAAAACUAUAAAUAGACAUCAUGUUGUAUAAAAAGCCAGAACAAUACGGGGUAAUUUUCCAGUGCUGUAUUUGCUAUUAAUAAACCCUAUUCUAUUCUGGUGCAGACAGCCUACUCCACUGGUGAGUGGCUGGUUCUUGUUACGAUUGAGAGAGGCACGGGAUGAAGAUUACAGCCGACUGGUUCACUGUGGUCAGGUAUUAGAGUUAAUCCCUCUACCUAGGGAAAGUGUCUGGAUAAAGAGCGUGCGUGUGUGUGUCUAGUGCAUGUGUGUGUAUGUUUAAUGAAGAAUGGCCACCUGCAAACAUAGAUGCACUCAAGAGGAUGAGCAAAAUUCCCUCGUGACUGUUAAAUCAAAUGUGCUAGAGGAAUAUUUUGGCAGAGAGGAGACAAAAUUAGUGCAUGCACAUGUGUGCUUUUGUGCUCAUUGGGAUUAUUCAAUGUGUUUUUGUGCAAAUCAGCAGACUGAAACAAAACAUGGCCAUGAACCUGCCCCAAAUUCUUGUAAACCUGAUUUUUAAGCUUCUGUAGACUCACCUUAGUUCAAUCAUUAACUUAUAUUUUCUGAUUAAAUUGACCUAAUUUAGACAGUAAAAUGUCAGAUCUCACAAUAUUUGCAUGUGCUGUAUGAGAACCAUAUUACAGUAUUAAAAAAGCAAGAAAAAUCUUUUAAGUCUUGUAAUGGCAUGCAUCAUCCACCCUGCUUAAGUGUCUUUACCUUCUGGCCAGUAUGUGACCCUGUGACCUUCCUGUUGAAGAGGUUAAACACAAAGAAAAUUUCCCAACAGGAAUUGGGCCUGAAUACAUUGUCACGCCGUCAUUGUUGGAUAUUUAGUUUGUCAUGUGUCACAGUGAGCAAACUUGAGGGAAGAAGGACCACGUCAGAAGUGGCACAAACAGAACAGAGCUUGCUCAAGCUCAAUAAUUCAUGGCUGACUGAGCUAAGCUGACCUUGAAAAAUCCCCUGUGUUGGACUGUUGAAACCUGGCACUGCUCAUUUAGGACAGAGAGGAGAAGUUGAGACAGACAGAUACAAACCAACAUAAGCAGUACAUUUGCACAUUUGCUGUCUCCCUUUUGGUGACCCUCAGUGAUUGACAGAUGUGUGACACUGUGGGGAAACAUUUGCCUCUCCCAGUGGAGGUCUGAGUUCUCGGACACUGAGGCAGCCGAGGGGGGGUCUCUGGAGAAGAUGCUGGGUUCAGAGCGCGGUGUUGUCGAAGAAUGGCUCUCAGAAUUCAAGUCCUUACCAGAAACCCACAUCCCCAGCUACGCCGGCAGCCUUCAUCUAAAGAAGUCCCUGGUGCCAGCACUCUACAGAGUCAUCCAAGACCCCAACAAUGAGUUACUGGAGCCUGUGUGCCACCAACUGUUCGAGCUGUACCGGAGCUCUGAAGACCGUCUGCGCCGCUUCACCCUGCAGUUCUUGCCUGAGCUGGUGUGGGUAUAUCUGCGCGUCACGGCCAGCAGGGAUCGCCAGAGCAAUGGGUGCAUCGAGGCCCUCCUCCUGGGCAUCUAUAACCUGGAGAUCGUGGACAAAGACGGCAACAGCAAGCUCCUCUCCUUCACAAUCCCCUCUCUGUCCAAACCAUCAAUAUAUCAUGAGCCUUCUAGCCUGGGAUCCAUGGCAUUGACAGAGGGGGCUCUUUGUCAGCAUGACCUGAUCAGAGUGGUGUACAGUGGCCUCCAUCCUCAGAGAGAGACCUUCACAGCUCAGAACAGGUUUGAAGUGCUGUGUUUCCUCAUGCUCUGCUACAACUCUGCUGUGGUCUACAUGCCCCUGUCGUCCUAUCAGUCAGUCUGCAGGAUGAGCUCACGGUUGUGCGUAUGUGGCUUCCCCCGGCAGCAGCAGAAGCUUUGGAGGGAACCUUGCAACCGUGUGCUGCUGGAUCCCGAGUUCAUGGUGCAGAUGCUGACUGCUGUUUAUCACGCCAUAUACAAUGGAGAGUGGGAGAUGGGGCGGGAAGCUCUGGAAGACAUUCUGUACAGAGCCCAGCUGGAGCUUUACUCCCAGCCUCUCCUGCUGGGGAACGCUAUGAAGAACUCUCUGCCAGAUAGCGCUCCCGAUGAGCCGCGGGGGCGCAAGGUGCUCCAGGUGGAGGUGACACCCACAAUUAGCCGCAUCUCCAUCUCAGCCAUCACCACUGCUUCCAUACGACGCCACCGCUGGAAGAGAGAGGAUUGUUUUGACUACUCAACUGAUGCAGAGUUGAGCCUCAUCGUCAAUCCUCCUAGCCUCGCCCAGCACCACCAACACAACCACAUUCCCUGGGACCCCACAGCCAAUGAGGAGAGAGGAAGGCGGCCUCACAGCCACCACAGCAGCAGCAGCAGCAGCAUCAUUCCCCCCAUCACAUUUGAGGACGCUGAUGGUAUGAGCGGCGGGGAAGAUUCCUUCAACAUCAACGACCCUGACGAGGGUUUCUCUUCCGGGGCAUCUAACAGCAGCCAGCCCAGCGGCACCAAGGCGGGUGGCGGCGUUGGGCCGAGGGGCGGCAGCCUUAACAGCAGCAGCAGCAGCAUCAAGAAAGCCAUCACAGCCAGGCUGUCUCGGGACAAGGAGAGAGACCGGGAGAAGGAGCGAGAGAAGGAACGGGAGAAGGAGAAGGAACGGGAGAGGGAACGGGAGCGAGAGAGGGAGAGGGAGGUGGAAAAACAGGCAGAAUUGUCGGCAGAUCACCAGGCUGCAAUGAGGAGGCAUCACCAGAGGCAGCAGUCGCCUCCUGCCAGCAUCAACUUGGAUGCCAUCCAGCUGAGCCCCAUAAAGAAGCACCUGAGCUUCCCUGCAGGGCCCACGCUGGUGCGGACUGGCAGCACCUCCUCCAGCAAGUCCUUUGACUGCAUGAAUUUCAACCUGAACGGAGGCGACGAGGAGCGAGAGGAGGCAGCGGGGGGUUCAGACAAGGAAGGAGGGCUUCCAGCAGGUGGCUCCCACCGCCACUCCACCAUUAGCCUGAAGGAGGAGCACCUCAUCAGGCCAGAGGACAGCCAGGACCUCCUGUCUCCUGGAGCUCCUCUCACCAAGCAGUCCCGCUCCCCCAGCUUCAACAUGCAGAUCAUAUCACAGGUCUAAUGUGCAGUGCAGGGCAUGGUAGACAAACACACACACUCUCUCUCUCACACACACACACACACACACAAAAUACCUGGUCAUAACACACAUCCUCAUGCAGUUUUUCUCUGCAGGUCUUUACAGCCCUAAUAUGACUUCUGUCUACCUAUCUCUGUGUGUGUGUGUGUGUGUGUGUGUGUGUGUGUGUGUGUGUGUGUGUGUGUGUGUGUGUGUGUGUGUGUGUGUGUGUGUGUGUGUGUGUGUGUGUGUGUGUGUGUGUGUGUGUGUGUGUGUGUGUGUGUGUGUCAGCAGACCUCAAGAGUUGUGUCUUCACCCU